GACUGCUUCGCCGUUCUCCAGUCCGCGGCGAACCUCGCGAUAGUGUCCACCGCACACUUCGAUCCGCGAGCUUCGCACCGCCGUUGCCGCGAGCUUAAAUUUAGUGACGCGGCGUAUCGAAUGCAAUCUAGCGUUUGUUUUUUCAGUGCCUUCUUGUUUGUAGAGCUCGAUGACAAGUGCGACGCGGUCAAAAGUUUUUCUAGGAUGACAGGCAGAGUCGCUAUAGCGGGUCUCCAUUAUUGGUGACUUGUGGUAUCAAAUGAAAAAAAUCUAGGUUGAUUCAUAUCCCACCUAUGACUCAAAGCCUUGAUAAGAAAUUAAGAAAAACAUCAUUACCACAACUCACCAAGUGACUUAAAAAUCCUAGAUCCUCGCAACCCAAAAGACUGACUAAAAGUUCCUCGCAAUGCCUGAAAGGCUGUACAUGAGAAUUUUCGCGAAAACGGUUUUGGUGUUUUCAUGACGACAAAAUGAGCCGGGAUGAAGGUUUUUCGUGGAGUGGAAUGUUCAAAUUCAUGAAAAUGGGUCAACAUCCCUCUAAGGAUAAACUGAACAGGACCUCCUCCGAAAGGAUUGAUCGACGGGAAAGAUUUGGAAGCUUUGGGAAGAAAGGAACUUGGGCAUCACAAUGGAAGGUCGUACAUAUAUACAGCAGGGCUAUGGAAUGGGUACCUUGUAGAAUACAUAAUGUUUUGUCCGAAUUGAGUCACACCUCAUCUGAAAGCGAUCCCUUUGCUGCAGUCGAGAUUUAUAAUCCGGAAGAUCCGGACUAUCAUCAAACUUGUGAAGUUAAAAGCUGUAAAGGAGAUGUGUUCAGUUCCUGCUUUCAAUGCUCAAUUUUGUUAUGUUGGAAGCAUUUUGAAGAUGAUACCCUAUCCUGCCAGGACGGACACAGGACAGUACAGAGCAGUGUACUUAGCAAAGAGAAACAGGAAGAGAGGCGCCCUGAAGAUUUUUUUGUAGAAGGUUCCCAGGCAGAAGGUGAUAGGAAAAAAAAGUCAAAGAAGAUAAAAGAAGAAUUGCAAAAACGUUGA